CUACAACUCCCGGCAUGCCUCUCUUCGCCUGAUAAGACGCUCGGCUGGGGAAUCCCCAGGCUUCUGAAAUUCCCCUUCAUGGCAUCCUCGGCCGGGCCGGCUGCUUGAGUUUCCUCGGCCCCCGGGGGCUUCUGGGCCCGGCCUCCGCGAUGGCACCGCUGCCCGUAGUGAAGGCUCCUCUGUAGGCCCGUCCCGAGCCAUGGCCUUCGUGCAGGCCCAGCCCGGCCAGGGCGGCCCCAGAGAGCCGAAGAAGCUGGAGGCUGGGGGCGAGGAGUGGUGCGACAGCGGCCUGGGCUCGCUCAGCGAAGGGCAGCUGGUCCAGCUCCGGGAGGAUGGAGGCCUGGGGCCCCCUGGAGACGCUGAGGGGGGCCCUGGGGGCUGCCCAGUGACCUCUGACCCCAGAGCCCCCCAGAAACAGCAGGAGGAGGAGGAGGGGCGCCUGGACUCGGCCCUGGGGGGCGACGAGGGGGUGGGCGACCUGGUGGAAGGGGUGGGGGGCGUCCACCUCCAGAGCCAGGUGGGCCCCGAGGCUUGGCUGCGCCACGUCCUGGGCUUCGUCACGGAGGAUGGAGACACAGCUCUUCACCUGGCGGUGAUCCAUGAACACGAAGCUUUCCUGGAUUCUAUUCUGCAGUACACCCAUGGAACAGAUUACUUGGAUAUUCAGAACGACCUUGGCCAGACCGCACUUCACAUCGCCGUCAUCCUCGGGGUGUCCAGCUUUGUUGGCAAACUCGUGUCGGCAGGAGCCGGGUUGGGCAUCCAAGAGAAAGGAGGCCACACGGCCCUGCACUUGGCAUGCCGAGAGGGAUGGCAGGAUUGCGCCGAACAGCUUCUGGCACCACUUGCCGUCCAAAGGCCCGGUCAGGGCAACCGUUUCCAGGCCCAACUGGAUUGCACCAAUUACGAUGGUUACAUCCCCCUGCAUGUGGCCAUCCUACGGAAAGAUUUGGACAUGGUCAACCUCUUAAUCUCUGCAGGAUCCGAUCUCAACAAGCAGGAGCUAAGUUGUGGCCGGAGUCCCCUCCACCUGGCGGUGGAGUCCCAGAGCCCUGAAAUAGUGGAAUACCUCUUGCGUGCAGGAGCUGACACAGAGGCACGCAUGUAUGUGGGCUACACGCCCAUGUACAGCGCUGUGCACCGGCCUGACCAAAAAAUCCCACAGCUGUUACGGGAAUUUGGCUCCGAAGAGCCGGAAUGGGAUUCUGAGGAAAGUGUGGACAGUAACAGCGAGGAAGAAUACGACGACAUUGUGAUCAAUUGUGGCCACUAGAAGGGAGCUCAGGAGCCCUUUUGCCAUACGCCGGACUCCCCUGAAAGUACCCCAUGGUGGUAGCUGGCUAUGAUCUCUGUAGCAAUUGCAUCUUCACUGUGAGCUAGACGUGAAAACUUAUUUAUAAAGGCCGGGACGAAAGGGGAAGCAGCCUCGCCUGGCCCCAGAGGCCUCUUCCCCAGUGGCCCCAUUCCGAUGUGUACCCUCCGUUAUUUUGUCCUGCUUCAGAAAUGGAUGUCUUGUCUCUGAUGUCUCGCUCUUGCCUGCCUUGACGUUUCAGAAUCAGUAGGUUUGGGUUUCCUUUGUUAUUAGCGUGUGUCCUGAGCAGAGCCUAGUUGUGAAAAGGCCUCACCUUUUCCAUCUCUUUCUGGAGCGCGCACACACAUACACCUUUCCUUGGAAUGCUCACGGUCAGAUUCGGGGUUUCCCUUCCUUCUUAAUGUGGGUCCGGGUCUGUGGAUCUUGUUCUGGAGAGCUGGAGGGUCGGGGGACCUUGGAUAGGCUCCCACCGCUCGCAGUUGGAGAGUUGGGGAACUGCCCGGCACAAAUGACCAGAUCCACAGAUGAAGAGUUCAAUUAGCUACUUCAUUGCUGGUGCCUAUAAUACAGGAAUCUGCUCAGAUUGGUCGUUUGCACCUGGGUCAGACAAAAUAAGGUUCAACAGCAUUCAAGGAGGUCAGACUUCGCCCUUUUGUGCCUACGUAGAGAUUCCAGACUAGUUCCCCGUGUGACUCCUCCCCCUGGCUCAGCCAAUGUCUUUCCGACAAGAAUAAGAUGUCCGUCCUUGGCACAAGGGAAAUUGUCCCCUGCGUGGCUUGGUUUUCAACUCACCAUCACCCGAACCAGGAUGAGAUUGUGGGCGAGUGGAAUCCUAAAUCUUUGGACCAAUUUUUAUCCGGGGUUUAGCAAAACACAACCUUUGGGGGGUCUCAUAGCAGUUGGAGGUUGUUUAGUUGGAGGGGGGUAGAUCUCUUCCUAAAGGAAGACAGAAUUUAGGAAGAACAACUUUUGGUCUGUCUUUCCCUAUCCUGGGAUUGUAAAAAAAAGUGGAAUUUACACCCCUUUUGGACUAGCAGUAAUUAUGUCGCCCUGAUGAAGGGAUGGUCUUAAUUCGCCUUGUCUGGAAGGGCAGUAUAAUUAUUGCUCGGACUACCCCUUGUUGGACAGUUAGAAACAAGUCCUGAAAAACUGCCUCUAAAUUCCAAGGGAAAUAAAUCCUUUUGGCCAACCUUGCCUGCUGUUCCCAUGCCAGCUUUAUUUCUAAACCUUGGGAAUCUGACAAGCCCCUAAAAAUCGUUUGUCCCAAAAGGUGACAGCGGACGACAUAGCUGCGAAGGAAAAGAUAUCAGUGCAAAUUUGAGAUGGUUAGGGUAGGUCUAGCAGCUAGGAUUCUAUGGAAGAAGACAGAAUUUGAACCCAGAACCUGCUUGGAACUGGUGUGUAACAACAACGGGGGGGGGGGGGGCUGGGGGUUCCCCCCCCCCCUCCUAGGGGCUGUCUCCAGAGCAAAACACCCCCCCGGGAGUGUCUCUUUAAAAUACCCCCUGUAUGUCUGCAGCAAAGAGGAAAGAAUUGUGCGUUUGCCAGGCUUUUGAACUCUGCUCCGCCUUGCCGAGUUUCUUCUCCCCCUUUUCACGGAGGCUCAGUGUUUUGAAGUUCCAGUGUGGUUUCCUGUGACCUGUUUAAAUUUGCAUUUAUGACUCGGUUCGGUGGGUCUCUCUCUGCUUUUUUUCUCUUCCUGCCUCUCUCUCCCUUGAUUGUAUUCUGUAGGUCUUCCCGAGCAGACAGAUUAAACCUUACGGAUGCGG